ACAGUACAGUUCUGCAGUCAAUAUCAAACUCAACAACAUGGCGUUGCGAUUUGCGUCUUUGGUGAUUAAUACUUUUUUAAUUUUUUUGUGUUUGUAAAUGUUAUAUAUUAUAUUUUUUGAGCUUUUCAGUAAAUUAAAAUAUUUUUUGUUCAAUUUAAGCAACUGACACAGUUAAAAAUUUCUUUCUACACUUUUGGAUUUUUCCAUGUAAAUUAAUGAUACUAGCCAUAUUCUGUUGAAAGAUUAGGAACAUUUCUUAUAUAUUUGAUAAACUUCCUUGUUAAAUGAGAUGAUAAUUUUAAAUAUUUUAAACAUUUAGCAUUGUUCCUCAUUCUCAACUUCAAGAAUAAGAUCUUUCAAAAAAUGACCCAGACCUAAAUACUAGGCUUAGUGGCACGUGUGAGGUUGAGUGUAACAAACGCAAUAAAAUUAACUUUUUGCCUUAUGAAUUAUUUAAAUAUUGGUUUUGAAAAAGUUUACAUGAUAUUUUAUAAAUAACUGUUUCGAGAUAUUAUCAAAAUGCUUUUUAACAUAUUAACAUAUUAUUUGUUGUGUUUUUUUAAUGAAAUCAAAUAAAGCUAAAAUUAAAAACUAAUAUAGAUUUAGACAUCGAUUAAUAAAAAACAUAAUAUUCAAUUCCAACAUCGGUUAGCUAUUGUUAACUUUUGAAAAUAUUAAUAAUUGAAGCAAUACUUUUUUAAACAUAAUUUAAAUAUUAUUUUUUCAGGUUAAAAAGUUACGUCCAGUACAAGUUACUGGAAUUUCGAGAUACUCAAGUUUCAAGGCCUCCAAUCUAGAAAUUGAGCUAACGAAGAAUCCCAAAGAAAUACCCAAUGCGGAUGACUUGGUUUUCGGUCAGAAUUUUUCCGAUCAUAUGCUGGAAAUCGACUGGACAGAGAGUGAGGGAUGGACAAGACCGAAGAUUUCAGAAAUAAGAAAUUUUUCGAUGCAUCCAGCAACAAAGGUAUUGCAUUAUGCUAUUGAACUGUUUGAAGGUAUGAAAGCUUACAGAGGAUACGACAAUGUCAUUCGACUGUUCAGGCCAGAUAAAAAUAUGGAGAGAAUGAAGACAACAGCCCUACGAUCGAACCUUCCUGAUUUCGAUGGUGAAGAAUUGAUCGAAUGCAUCAAAAAGUUAAUCGCUAUUGAUAGCGACUGGGUACCAAAACCAAAUCCAUCUUCAUGUAGUCAGUCUUCCACACUCUACAUUCGACCAACAAUGAUAGGAACUGAUCCUCACUUAGGAGUGAGCAAAUCAACAAGCGCCAAACUUUUUGUAAUAGCAGGACCAGUUGGACCAUACUAUAAAACUGGAUUUAAACCAAUUUCUCUUUUGGCUGACCCGCAAUUUGUCAGAGCUACUAUAGGUGGUACUGGAGGCUAUAAAAUGGGGUGUAAUUAUGCUCCUACCAUUUAUAUUCAAAAUCUGGCAAACAAAAAGCAUAACUGUCAACAAGUUUUAUGGCUAUAUGGAAAAGACGAACAAAUGACUGAAGUAGGUACAAUGAACAUCUUUAUGAUGUGGACGAAUGAAAAAGGAGUACGAGAAUUGGUAACACCACCCCUUUCUCAAGGGAUUAUCUUACCAGGAGUUACGAGACUAUCUUUGCUUGAACUAGCCAAACAAUGGGGUGAAUUUAACGUUUCUGAAAGAAUAAUUACAAUGAAAGACUUAGUUAACGGUUUAAAGGACAACAGGGUUGAAGAAGUGUUUGGGGCAGGAACUGCCUGUAUUGUUUCACCCGUUGACAGAGUUCUUUACCAAAAUAAAUGGCUAGAAGUUCCAACAAUGGAGGUCGAGAAUCCCACCUAUGGGAGGCUGCUAAAGAACUUGACAGAUAUUCAAUUUGGAAAGGCAAAGUCACCUUGGAUGAUUGAGGUUCCGGAAAUUUCUGAUCGCACCAAGUUGCAUGCAUCGCAGUAAAAAAAGAAAAAAAUUUGAUCUUACAAUUUUGAUAAUGCGGCUAAAACACUUGCAAUGAUAUCCCACACUAAUGACUAUUUGUCACAGUAUUUCUUAUAAGAUCAAGUAGUUAAGAAUCUCAAUAGUUAUUAUACUUCAUUAUUGUGUUGCUUAUUUCUGAUAUUUGAAGUGUUCAAAUACAUUCAAUAUGAACUUAACGAACUUGACUUUAUUAUUUGUUAAUAUUUUCUCCCAAGAUUUUAAAUUCAACCAGUUUUCAAAAUUGGUGAAAGUUUCAUCAGUUAUGGCGGAUAGCGGCAAAGAUUGCGAUGAAAGCUCUGCUGCUUCUUUUUUAAAACCAGUAACAAAUUAAUGCUUAUAAGUAAAUUUUACUUAUUUCUGACUCAAUUUUAUCUUUAGGAAACAGUCCGAAAAACUCUUCAGUUAAACUUCAAGAGCGAUAAUACCAAAAGUUAGAUAAAUUUUUUUACUUGUUUCUCAUUUAUUAAUUUUACGAUUAAUUAGUGAAGAACAAUGCUGCACAGUUGGCUACUGAGCUUUUUGGAUGCUUUAUUGAAGGUAGGACAUUCGAAAACACAUUCAGUUUUUUAGGUUCUUGUGAAAUGUAUUUGAAAAAUUCAUGUAACGUUACACAUAACAAAACCAACACAAAUUGGUCACGAGAGGGUUAGCGAACUCUUCGAUGACAAUUUGAAGAAAAUAUUAAUAAUUUUCUCUCAACUAACGAAAGAUAGUAGUGGCUCCGAUUUCGUAAUAGUUGAGCAGUUGGAUUAUCUAUAACCUGAAAUCUACUGAAGGAAAAAUAUUUACAAGUGAUCCGUAGCGUUCCCUAGUCAAGACACACAAACUCAAUCUCGCGUUGGGUUGUGGAUGGAAAAGCAAGGGUUGGUCCUUGGGGUAUAGGCUUCUCAUUUCUGUAGGCCUUAUAUAUCAAUACGAGUGGGCUACGGGUACUAGUCAUCGUAUGCAAUCAAGUUUUGAAUGGCUUUGAAUCUUAUUCGGCUGCUUUAAAUGUGAAUCAAUCAAUGUUAUCAUGAUAUAUCGCGUCAACUAGUUGUUAUAUGUUAAAAAAUACGCGAUAUAUCGCCUAAAUUUAUCACAACAAACUUACAUUCAAGCUUCAUUUUCCAGAGCUCGUCGUCAGAGCCGCAAAGCGCGCCCAGGUAAGUUCAGCUUCUAGAAAGUUCUAAGCGAUGUCAUGAUAAGCUAAAUGUACCAAAAGCUCCUAAGGAUUCUCAAAUGCUCUCGGGUGAGCUACCUAAUCGAGAUUUUGUGUGGUUUUUCAGAUUGAAUCACAGGAUAAAGUGAUGCCAGAACAUGUGGAGAAAAUACUCCCGCAAUUGGUAAGCAUCUUAUCUAUCCACUCUCGGUCUAUGUCUCUCAAACGGUUACUUUUUUCAGAUGCUCGAUUUUUAACGCUUUAGAUUGGCAUUGGCGCUCUAUGGAUCCGGUAGUUUAGAUCCGGUAAUUUUUACGGGUUUUUAAGAAUAAAGGAGGUUACCUGUUGAAAUCAAACACAUGUUUAUUCUUACGAAAAAAAAAAUAAGUCGACUGAAAGUAAACUUUUAUGCUUAAAUUAUAAGAACUUUAUGUUCGGCCAGCUUUUUAGUAGUAUGUUAUUUCCUUCAAAUAAAACUGAUCGUAUAAAAUAGUAUAGUAUAAUAUAUAAUAAACACAAUGAAAACUACUUUGUUAAUUUUAGUGAAUCAUAAUAGUAUAUCAACUGCACAACAAAAUAAAACUUGCUCAAAACUUUAAUUUGAUUAAUGUUACGUUUAAAAAAAAAUUUCAGUGCUUUAAAGUUAUGAGUUUACUCAUACGUUAAGUUUUAAUAUUACAAAAAAGCAAGUAAUUUGAUAACUACUGAAUUUUAGUUUUGCAUUGGUUUCUUUCCCGAAAUAACACUUUAUUCGCACAUAACAAAAGUUACAUUUAAUUUAUCAACAAAGUGUUCACUUCAUACACCUAUGCAAUAGAAUAUAUUUAAUCAAUGCUUUGGUAAACUUUAGGUCUAUUCUGGAAACAAAAAAAGUUAUAUAGAUCGCUUUAGAGAGUAAUUCUAUUAACAUUAUGGAUGCGUCUUAUAUUUAGUACACCUACUAAAAAUCACAUUUUAUUUUCGAAAUUCAAAAUGAUUGAUCAAAUAAUCCUGCGUGAAAAAUAUUUUUUUUUACCUUUAAACUAUCUUUAUAAAAAUAGCCGUUUUUACUUAUAACAGGCUACAAGAAAAAAAAAGAACAACCAGGGUUCAUCGACCUGGAGAUAGAGAACGGCUCCUUCUCAUCGGGGAGUAGCUAGGACUUCUUCGAUCUCUCUUUUCAAAGCUAUGGCUUCUUGAUCUCGAUCUUGACCGAUCUCGUCUACCAGCAUCUUCUUUCACACGAAUGUAAGCUGUUUCAUUCUCGUGGCUCCUAAACUUCGUAUCAUCCAAUUUACGAAUAGCAUACUUCAUAUCGUCAUGAUGGAGAAAUUCAACGAUUCCUGUGCCAUCUUUAUAAACAUCCGCAAAGCAAAUAUCUCCUGCUUCGCGCAUAUGAUCCUUCAGAUCUUGCCACGAACCUGAAGGAGGUAGAUUGGUUACCAAAACUCUAUUUUCUGGUCGACGCAUUCCGCCUCCUCGUCCACCUCUUCUUCCUCCCCCUCUGUAACCGCCACCGCCUCCUCGUCCACGAUACAGAGAACGAGAUCCUCUGUUGGAAUCCUUAGGAAAUUCUACUCGUAAAGUGUAUCCAUCAUAAUUAUAUCCAUCCCGUCCACGAACUGCAUCAUCAGCGUCACUAAAAGUAGAACGUAUUGAUCAUUCUAAAGAACUCUCCAUUUAUCUUGUGGCGUAUUAACGCAAUUCGUUUCAAAUUCAAAAAUUGUUUAGACUUUGGUAACAGAUGUUUACUGUGAUGAAUGACGUGUCAGUUUUCAUUGAGUAUUAUGAGUAAAAACAAAUUACACGCCAUUUUCCAAGAACUAUGCUUUAAGUUAAUAUUUUAAGCCUGCAAAUCUUCGAAUUAUGAAAAACGGUCCUAUGACGGGGCUAACCAUCUGAAUCUAAAAAUCUAUUCAGGAACCAUACAAUUUACUUUACAUUUUCCCAAUUGCAAUUCCUACGAAAACCACGUCUAUUCCACUAUUAAUUCACUUUUUAAAAACCUUUUUUUUAAAAUAGACUGUUCCCAUCCUGUAUUUUAUGAAAAUUCGGCCUAUUUGUUUUUGCAAAAAUGUUUAGAAUGAAAAGCUCACAUGCUAUGAACUUUCAAAAUCCCAAUGAUUCGGAGCAGUUACAAAAUUCCACCUAUGUAGCCUAUGUUAUUUCAGAGGUUUUUGAAAAUAACUGAUAAUUGCAUCCUCUGUGAUAGGUCCUCUAUUUUAGUUUCUGUGAAAACAAUUCGACAGUCAGGUUGCGUUUGAACACUUUGAGCGCCGCCAUCUUAGAUUUCCUUUCGUUUAAGCUACACUACAAAGUAAUAGUCGUGACAAAUUGAUUUGUAGAAAAAAAAAAAUUUUCCCUACGAAGACGGGUUAAAACUUCUAUACAAAACAUUUUAGGAGCCCAUCACGGCAAUAAUAAGACAAAAUCGAUCAAAAAUGCAAUAAGUUUAAAUAAUUUACCGUGGAUCUUCAAAUUCGACGAAAGCAAAUGGCGGACCGCGGCGAUUCUUUAAGUCGAUAUACAUAAUUUUGCCAUAUUUGUAAAACAAAUCAUCCAAGUCUUUGCUCCUGAUGUCAGGGGGCAAAUUUCCAACAUAAAUUCUACUAUCAUUGUUACGGUAGGACAUGCUUAUUUUAGAGAUAUAAGCGGUAGGCUUGCCGGAUGAGAAAGUCGGAAGUGAAAUGCCAGGGAGCAAAUCGUGUACAUUUUAUUGUAUUGUUGUUUGCAAAAGCAUUUUGUGGUUUUAGUUUUGGGGAUAUUUUUACUUUAAUUGAUUUUUUAUUUAAUUAAAAAAUAAAUAAGAGAAUUAAAAUAUCUGCCAAAUUCAGU